UUACUAUGAUUUCCAUAACAGUAAUAGAAUAAUUGUUUUUCAUGUUAAGCUUUUCGAAAAAAUAUUUUUCAUUAUAUAUUAAACUUGUAAAGCAGUUAAUAGUUACUCAUACGCUGAGACAGUUUUAUUUUUAAAUAAUAGGGAUACAUUGUUUUCAAUUUAAUCCUACAAGUAAGAGCUAAUAUAAUAAAAACAAUAUAAUAAGCGAUUAAGUGAAAGUCUAGUUCAAUAUGUGUGGAGGUUUUACGUGCUCUAAAAAUGCUCUUAUAGCAUUAAACAUUCUCUAUGUGGUUGUGGCCUCAAUUCUUAUAUCCGUAGCUGUCUAUGGCCAGGCUUCAGCUUUAACAACCUUACCUAUAGUUGGAGGGAUAAUGGCUUGUGGAAUUUUACUAAUUCUAAUAUCACUUCUGGGCUUAGCUGGUGCUGUGAAGCAUCAUCAAGUCAUGUUAUUCUUUUACAUGGUCAUUUUAUUUCUUUUGUUUCUGGUGCAGUUUUCAAUUGCUUGUGCUUGUCUUGGAGUUAAUUCUGACCAGCAAGAGAUGCUGGCGCAACAGGGAUGGAAUUCAGUUGACCUGGAUAUGAAGGAGCAGGUGCAGGAGCGAUUCCAAUGUUGCAGCUUUAAAAGCAGAGUAAUUGCACCAAAUGCCACCUUGGAUUACCCUUCUUGUGCUGUUGUUGAUGGGAAUUGCUGCAAACACAUGCCAGUCACAGAUGAAUGUAAAUGUGAGCCAUGUAUGGAGAAGCUUAAGGAAACAAUAGAUUAUGCAUUUAAACUGUGUGGUGGAAUUGGACUGUUCUUCAGCUUUACUGAGCUGUUCGCUGUAUGGAUCGCCCGACGUUAUCGCAACCAACCGGACCCAAACUACAAAGAGCCACACGCGGUAUUCCCUAGAAAAAAUUACUUAUAUUGAUUAUUAGCAUAUCAGUGUUAGUAUAGUAACUUAUCACAAUACUCUGCUGAAAUUAUAUACCUACUUAUUCAUAAAAACUAAAUUAGGACCAUUUGUCAUUUCGUUGAAAUUUAUAGAGCGCUCGUAGAAAGAGAUUCAGAGUCGAGAUUUAGUGUAAAAUUCACCCCAAUCGUGUGAUAAUAAUCGUAAUUGUGUGAAUAAUUCAAUUACGUGCUUUUUGUAUGUGUGUUGACCGUCAAAUUAUCGUAUCCACCAGGUAUGAUACGAUAGUUUGACGGUCCGGUACCAUAGCCUGGCAUCAGGUUGUAAACAGUAUAAAAUCCAAUACAUUUUUAUCAAGUUUCGACUUUGUAUCUUACCCUCAAACAAUGGUUACGCUAAACUAGAUGAGUACAUAGUUUCAGGAUUUGAAUUGAUCGUUCUUCUGGGCUAAGAAUUUACUCAGUUACUAAGACCUAUUUAUAUAUUCUAUGUUUUAA